ACAGCGUAAACCGUGUCGAUGAUGAGUCUUGACGGACAACAUCCAAGAUAGAACCAUCACUCGCCAGUCCUAAUCAGUCACUCAUCUCAAGAUCAUUCCGGUUCAGUCGACCGUUUAGCAAACCAAGGCGCCAGCUAUUUUUCCCGUCAGUGCCUCUUUGACCUAAGGUCUUAGCCUAAGUCUCGGCCAGCAAAGGUCAAUACAAGACAAGCCAUGUCUCAAAUUACCGUCAACCCUAGCCAGGUCUCUAGAAACCAAAGCCAACAAGGAUCGGAGAUGCUGAGGUCUUAUCUCGUCACCAUGCCCAGCACGACGACGGAAAGACUCGUCCAAGGCAAGAUAAUGUCCGAUAAAGAGAUCGAGGACAGCGUGAAGCAGAGGGAAUCUCAACUAGACGCAUUGGUGAGGAAAGCUAUGGGAGGAUCAUCUCAAAGAAUCUAGACGAGCAGACAUUAAUUCGGAUGCGCAUUGCUGUGAGAUGUAGAAAUACACCAGAAAGCAAGAGAAAGGAAA